AUGGCUGUUGAGAUCAUUGACGACAAGUCUGAGCACUGCAUACCUUUCAUUCUGGACAAGAUCAAGGCACAUUGUGACUAUCACAAGAAAGAAGGCACUGAUGCUCCACCGUUCUUCCUCGGUCUGAAUGGAAUUCAAGGUGCUGGAAAGACCACUCUGGUAANNGUCUCAGCUCUCUACAAAACCUUAACAUCGCCUCCUCACAACUUACCCACAGUAGUUCUCUCAAUCGACGAUCUCUAUCUUCCUCAUUCCGCGCAAAAAUCACUUGCAGAGUCUCAACCCAAAAACCCACUGGUUCAACACCGCGGUCAGCCCUCGACUCACGACAUAUCUCUCGGCAAAGAGGUUUUCGCCCAACUAACAGCCCGCAAACCAAACAUUCGCAUUCCUUCCUACGACAAGUCUCUCCACAAUGGCCAAGGCGAUCGCACAGAUCCAGAGACUUGGGAAGUGGUCAACAAGGACGGCGAGCCCCCAGUCGAAGUCGUGAUAUUCGAGGGCUGGUGUGUAGGCUUCAGAAGUCUGAGCGACCAGGAGUUAGUGGCCAAAUGGGAGGGCGCAAAGGCAGCGAGGAUUUUUGAUAAAGAGGCUUAUCAUGGAAGGCUGGCUUCAAUGGAACUGGAGCAUGUGUCGUUCAUCAACGAUGCGUUGAGGCAAUAUGAUUCUUUGACCGAGUAUGUGGUGCAGGUUUUGUUGAUGUGGCGCUUGCAGCAAGAGCGUGCCUUGCGAGAAGCAAAGGGAACUGAUUAUCCAGCCUAUGAGCUUUACACAGAUGUGCUUCGCAAGGGCAUCUUCCAUCAAACUGGCAAACAGCUGCGACUGGUAGUCAACAAGCAGCGCAAAGUGGAGGAAGUGGAGCUACAGUAG